UGACGGCCAUACCCAUUGUACAGUGUCCACACGUUGAUGGAUAGCGUUACUCAUUGCAGCAAGAGAGAACCACCGACAAAAUGACCAAACCCGUCCUCUCCACUUCCACUUCCACUUCAAUCUCAGUACUAGUCAUCUUCUUAGGUUUUAUUUUCUUCUCAUCACCAUCAAUUGAAGCAUCCACAGACCCAACGCCGACGCCAUGGCCUCUCCAGUUCCACUCGAUUCUGUUCAUGAACUACAGUGGAUCCCUCUCCCUAAUUGAUCUCUGGUACGAUUGGCCCAAAGGUCGCAACUUUAACAUCAUCCAAGACCAGCUGGGGAAGCUUCUCUAUGAUCUUGAGUGGAACAACGGGACUUCUUUCCUUUACACUCUUGACUCCAACAAAGAGUGCAGGUCGGCUCAGCUGGAGGUAGGGAUUCUCAGGCCUAACUGGCUUGACGGAGCAACCUAUCUAGGUCAGCGCCACGUGGAUGGUUUCCUCUGCAACGUGUGGGAGAAGGUGGAUUUCAUUUGGUACUACGAAGAUGUUGUCACUAAGAGGCCAGUUCACUGGGUCUUUUACACUGGGAGGGAGGCUCACGUGAUGACGUUUGAAGUUGGAGCUACGCUUGUGGAUGCUAAAUGGCAAGCCCCUGUCUACUGCUUUGGCCAUCAAAAUGGAGGAAAUAGAAACAAUCCUAUGAUUGCUGAGUCUGCUAUUACUGGAACUUCACACCAAAGCUUAUUGGAUGGAGUUCUAAGGGGUUCUCUGAGCCUCUCGAUGUGAUACGGUCUUUGUCAUGGUAAUAAACAUUUUCUGUCAAAAUUUAGUCAAUAAUGGUAAUAAGAUUGAGUUCUCUUCAGUUCACUUUC